UUCGAAACUUCUAGAGGGCUUCGCAUAAUUUUAGGUGAAGAAGGAAGUUGGGAGUAGAUUGACAAGAGCAUGGGUAUCGCUAAGCGAUAGGACGAAAUCAACUUACAUAGGAAUUUAAGUCAUCGAAUACAUCUGCGCCCUUGCGCCCUUGCGCUUUCAGAUCAUCCGAUAGAAGCUCUUGCUGGUGGAUGAUAAAGCUCUUUUCCCCCGCAUGCCAAUCUGCAAAGCCAUCCAUUACUUUCAAAAGUCUCUGGGCAAACAUUGAGCGAUUCAUCACUUAUUGCUUCCUCGCAGUUGGGUUCAAGAUGUCGUCUAGUAUGAAAAACUUUCACCUCACUACUUUGGACCAGACUAUGCUUCGCAUGUAUGUGCGGCAGCUACUCAUUUUCCAAACAGAGGAUUUGAGUUCAUCCAAAGAUACAGUCCGAGCUCUCCGGAAAAGCUUUCUUGCGACACUUCGCCAGCUCCCCUUUUUGGCUGGCACUAGUUGUCCAGCAUCGGAGCCAGCAGGUCAAUUGACUUUGAAAUACCCCGAAUUUUUCUCCGACGGCCUAGUAGAUGAGCGUCUAGAUGUAAACCAUAGUCUGGUCGACGACCCCAGUUUGCGAUUCGACGAUCUUGAAGCUGAAGGUUUCUCCCCCUCGAAGUUCGCAAGCGAUACUUUCUGUCCAAAACUCUUGCGAGACCAUCCUGGACUUGAUGAUGCGCUUGCUGAAGGACUCGUCAGCUUCAAGAAAAUGAAUCCCAUACCUGCAUUGGCGGCUAAAAUUAGUUUUAUCGCAGGAGGGCUGAUUCUCAGCGUAUACGCACACCAUAAUGUGACCGAUGGAGCAGGUAUCGCUAGUUUUUAUCGAAUGUGGAGCUCCAAUAGCUCGGCUGUCGGGCCAAACCCGUCUAUCAAUCUUCAUCCAGUCGAAAUUGAGGAAAUGGAGUCUCAGAGACGGGCCUUGGAUAACUUGGCCAUGUCUUCCGAACCCGCUGAAUGCCCCGAGGUUCGCUACCCAGGAACUAAAUCGAGCAAGCCUGCACUUCGGAGCGUCCCAUAUGAUCUUUCGGCGAAAGUCAUCGUGUUCUCUUCAUCCACGAUAUCAAGGCUAGCAUCUGAGCUGUCAUCAUUAGCGGGCACUCGUGUAUCAAGCUUUACAACCCUCGUCACACUCAUAUGGAUGCAAAUCACACUUUCUCGUGACGCGAAUCUUGGAGAAAAGGGCAUCAAGACCACUAAGCUCACCAUGGCGUUUGAUCAUAGAAAGAAUCUCAAGGAUUAUGUCAGCGACACAUAUCUCGGCAAUUGCGCUACGGGCAUCACGGCAUCGUAUUCAGUCUCUGAGAUGCUAUCGGCAGGCUCAACAAAGAUCGCCCCAGAAAAUCUUGCGCCGAUUGCUCGAAGUGUUUCGGAAACACUUUCAUCCACUACUCUUGACUGGCUCAAACCGCGGCUCUCUCUUUUCGCUAGAACACCCAACCCCCAUCAUCUCGGGCUCGACGUCGAUAUCUUCAAUGGGCCGGAUCUCUUUGUAACAAGUUGGAUGCAUAUUGGGACGGAUUGUGAGUGGAACAUACCUGGGGUCGUCGGUCAUGGGCCUAAGGCGAUUCGGAAGCCGAAGUCGAAGACUGAGGGGAAUAUUCAUAUCCUGCCGAGAUUGAAACAAUCAGAAUUUGAGGUUCCUUUCGAGGUGAUGUUGUGUUUGGAGGAAAGUGAAAUGGAAAGAAUGGUGAGUAGGCUGAGAGACGAGGGGUGGGCGGAAAGGAUUGUCGACGCUUGAAGCUGU